AUGCGUCUUAACUUCCCUCUGGUGCCACGCACUGUGGCCCUAUGUGUGGCAGGAUGCUUUUUGUGGCUGUUGCUGCUGCCGCCGCCGGGCGCAUUUGGCCUGGACAAGAUCCAUGGUGACGCCAACUCGCGUCACCUGUAUGAUUCGGAUGGGCGGACCCGGUUCUUUCAUGGCAUCAACUACGUGAUCAAAAGCUUCCCUUGGUACCCAACGGAGUUGCUCAACCGAACACAUGUGGCGGCGCUGGCCGAGGCAGGGGUAAACGUGAUUCGUCUGGGUGUCAUGUGGAGCGGCGCACAGCCCACCUCAAACGGAUUCAAUCAAACUUACUUUGAUCAGAUCCGUGCCAUUGUCACGACGCUGGCCGACUAUGAGAUCUACACCUUUUUCGAUAUGCACCAGGACGGUUUCAGCAGCCGCUUCUGCCUCUAUGACGGCAUUCCCCUGUGGGUGGCCAAUCGGUCCGUCUCGCGCCACGCCUUUCCGUGGCCACUGAGUGGCGACUGCAGCAGUCGUCCCUGGGCUGAAAAUGAGAUAACCGAGGCUUGUGGGCAAGCUUAUCAGGAUCUGUACGACAACCACGCCGGCAUGCGUGAUGACUAUGUGGCCUUUUGGGUGGAGACGGCCCGUCAGUUCCGCGACCUUCCAGUUUUGGCCUAUGAGCUGAUUAACGAACCCUUCGCCGGCGAUAUCUACGCCGAUCCGUUACUGCUUCUGCCUGGUGAAGCGGGGGCUAAGAACUUGCAGCGCUUGUAUGAUGCCGUAGCCCCUGCCAUUUAUGAAGUGGACCCCACCGCCCUUCUCAUGUACGAGCCCGUGACUUGGGGCAUGAUUUUCAACAACACCAUUGUGGGGUCGGGUUUCGAGCACGUCCCGGGGGGCUCCGUGCACUCCAAUACAAGCAUCCUGAGCUUCCACCUCUACUGCUGGUUGUACGACAUUGGUGCCGGUCAGCCCAACAAUCUGCGCCGCGAGGGCUGCGAGCAACUCUUUGAUCCGCAGGUGUUUGAGGCCGUUUUACACGACAUUGAGACGCUGGGCGGCUCGGCUAUGCUGACCGAGUUUGGAGCCACUACAUGCGAUGUGGAUCGUGGAAGUGGUCGCGAGUGUGGGCGGAUCAUGGACCUGGCCGAUCAAUACGGAUUUUCUUACACCAUGUGGCCCGCUGAUGAGGGUUACUCCGAUCAAACCGGCUGGAACGUAUCGUUUUACCGCGCGCAGGGCUACGAUCGACCUCUGGCCGUGGCUGUGGCUGGGGAGGUGACGACUCUCGCAUUCAAUCACACGGCCCCAGAUGCUCGCUUUGAGCUCUGUUUUGAGCCUGACCCCAAAGUCACGGCUCCAACCAUCUUGUACGCCAGCACUGGCUACUAUCCGCAGGGGCCAACGCUCAGCAUUCCCCCGGGUUUGACGGCGGUUGUCAAUGGCACAACCGUGACCAUCAGUCACGACGCAAACACAACCGUUCUCAUGGAUACACCUGCUUGCGUGGUCAUGACCUCGUACUGA